AUGCUAGACAGUGACGCGCCAUUAGAUUCGAAGAUCAAAGCAGAAAAAAUUCACGUCGAUGCAGUAGGAGAGGAGACUGAGAAGGUACAGGGUUUGACAGAUGAACAUCGAGAAGCCAAGGGGGAGAUUGAUUGUGGCUAUGAUGGAGAUUGGGAUAAGGAAACGUCGAAUGUAGAGACGCAUGGUAAUGAACAGAUUCAUGCCAAUGAACAACAUGUGGUUACAUUGGGAGCAAGUAUUGGAGACUCAUCAUCACAAGCAGAGGAUGAAUAG